CAGUGGCUACUCGGGAUUUGCCAGUGGGUGGGGGUCAUGAUCUGGGAGAAUAGGAGUUGUUGCUGGUAAGUGUGCACCUUAGUCGCGGGCCCGAACCUGCACGCUUUGCUUUAGGGAGGCAGGAUUAUCCUCGCCUUGCUCUUGCAGAAACUGAGGCCCCAGCCAAGCUUGACCUCUGCAGGUUUUGCGUUGCCUCUGAUUUGUAUCAUGGCUCCUGUUCUUCCAGGCUGGCAUUCUGAGGCCCCUCUGACAAGCUGAUAGAAUUUUCUACUUGUCAGCUGCAUGAUUUUCUGCUGAGAAAUCAGAGCUUGGCUGUGUUUGUUCUCUACAGGCUGCAAGUUAGUUCCCCAACACCAUGAACGCCAUUGUUGCACUCUGUCACUUCUGCGAGCUGCAUGGUCCCCGUACUCUCUUUUGUACUGAAGUUCUGCAUGCUCCACUGCCCCAAGGGGCCGAGAGUGGGGACAGCCCUAGCCAGGGUGAGCAAGCCGAGGAGGAAGAAGGGGGCAUUCAGAUGAGCAGUCGCAUCCGAUCUCACAGCCCAGCAGAAGGAGCCAGCGUAGAAGCCAGCAGCCCAGGCCCCAAAAAGUCCGACAUGUGUGAAGGCUGCCGAUCCCUCGCUGUGGGGCAUCCGGGGUACAUCAGCCAUGACAAGGAGACCUCCAUUAAGUAUGUCAGCCACCAGCACCCCAACCACCCUCAGCUCUUCAGCAUUGUUCGCCAAGCCUGCGUGCGGAGCCUGAGCUGUGAGGUCUGCCCUGGCCGUGAAGGCCCCAUCUUCUUUGGAGACGAGCAGCAUGGUUUCGUGUUCAGCCACACCUUCUUUAUCAAAGACAGCCUGGCCAGGGGCUUCCAGCGCUGGUACAGCAUCAUUGCCAUCAUGAUGGACCGCAUCUAUCUCAUCAACUCCUGGCCCUUCCUGCUCGGGAAGAUCCGAGGGAUCAUCGAUGAGCUCCAGGGCAAGGCCCUCAAGGUGUUUGAAGCAGAGCAGUUUGGAUGCCCACAGCGCGCCCAAAGGAUGAACACAGCGUUUACACCAUUCUUGCAUCAAAGGAAUGGCAACGCAGCCCGGUCGCUGACCUCUCUGACCAGCGAUGACAACUUGUGGGCAUGCCUGCACACCUCCUUUGCUUGGCUCUUGAAAGCGUGUGGCAGCCGGCUGACCGAGAAGCUGCUGGAGGGUGCGCCGACUGAGGACACACUGGUCCAGAUGGAGAAGCUUGCUGACUUAGAAGAGGAAUCAGAAAGCUGGGACAAUUCUGAGGCCGAAGAGAAGGCGCCUGUGUUCUCUGAAGGAUCAGAAGGGCGGGAGCGGACCAAACACCUAACCGACCUGUCCUCACGCUCAGACGGUGGGAGCUGGCAGCCUCGGAAGCUGGCGGUCUUUAAAUCCCUUCGGCACAUGAGGCAGGUCCUGGGUGCCCCGUCUUUCCGAAUGUUGGCCUGGCACGUUCUCAUGGGGAACCAGGUGAUCUGGAAGAGCAGAGAUGUGGAUCUUGUCCAGUCAGCUUUUGAAAUUCUUCGGACCAUGUUGCCGGUGGGCUGUGUCUGUGUCAUCCCGUACAGCAACCAGUAUGAGGAAGCAUAUCGCUGUAACUUCCUGGGGCUCAGCCCACAGGUGCAGAUCCCCGCCCAUGUGCUGUCCUCAGAGUUUGCUGUCAUCGUGGAGGUCCACAUGGCCCCCCACCCCAGCGUCUACCCCGUGGGGCCUGAGGAUGACCAGUCUCUCAGCAAAUACGAGUUUGUGGUGACUAGUGGGAGCCCUGUGUCUGCAGAUCGAGUUGGCCCCACCAUCCUGAAUAAGAUUGAAGCUGCUCUGACCAAUCAGAAUCUGUCUGUGGAUGUGGUGGACCAGUGUCUCAUCUGCCUCAAGGAAGAGUGGAUGAACAAAGUGAAAGUGCUUUUUAAAUUCACCAAGGUGGACAGUCGCCCCAAAGAGGACACACAGAAACUCCUGAGUAUUCUUGGGGCGUCGGAGGAAGACAAUGUCAAGCUUUUGAAGUUUUGGAUGACGGGCUUGAGCAAAACCUAUAAGUCACAUCUUAUGUCCACUGUCCGGAGCCCCACCGCCACAGAGUGUCGCAACUGACCCCACGAUGAGAGCUUGUCUCCACAUGACUUUGGAAAAUGGUUGUGGUGUCCUUGCCACCAAGCUUAGAAAUAGUUAAACGCUUGCUCCAACUUCAAGGGAGGUUGUCCUUUAGUUUCUGUACUAUUGGGGGUGGAGCUGUUUCUUACUAAGAAAUAGAAACUGUGUGGGCUGAACUCUGCCCUGUGUGAGAUUGGGGCCUAUAGUAGUUCUCCUCAUUCUAUAAACGGUUCGGAUUGCUGCAGCACUCAGGAAGGCUGAGAAGGCUGGUGAGUUGCAGGUCCCAUCUGCUCUUACACAUCUUAGAAGACGGGAAGAGAAGUGGGUACCUCAAUCUCCAAAUUCACCGGGAAAACGUGGUAGGCCAGUUUCGGCCUGCUUAGCUCCUGUAACGUCAUCAUUUGAGGUUAGCAUUUGGACCUCUCCACGUUGAUCUUCAGCAAGAGUUUCCUAGUUUUUGCAUCUGUCUGUUACUACAACUAUUACUCAACACAUUUUCCAACCCUUAGUCACUUUUUAGUUAUGUGAUUUUGAGUGAAGACUCUGGGAAUGGGUGUUUUCCUAUCUUUGGAGCCGCCAGAGGUCAUCCGACGCCACUCUUCUAGCCGCCCUCCCCUGGAGUGGCCAUCAAGACUUCCCUGAUCUGGCGCAGCCACUGGUGGGCAGACAUUUUUCCAGUCGAGUGUACUGGUCCAUUCAUUGGAUACAGAAUGAAGCAGCACACCAUAGUUUGAUACCCUGUCACUUUGCUCUUCCUUGCUUCUUUUUUGGUUACAGUUCACCAUUUUUAGAGUAAGGUGAUUUAAAGCAAUUUCAUCAUCCUAUACUACAUUUAAAAUAAUUUGUGACGAAGGGAUUUUCAGCAUUUCUGCUGGUUUAUUUAGAAUCUUUAUCGCUCUAAUUUAUAUUUAACAUGAAGAUUAAAUGUGUAUGAUCUGUCUAUAAUGUAAGAACAUUGAAACACAAUAAACACAUAUUUUUGUAAAUUA